AAUGAGAUACGGGAAACGUAUUGCGUUUGCACUAGUGAUACUACGGUAGCAUCCAAGGGGUGUACACACAUGAUGCGUUGAUAGAGGUAGCUAGUUCUCUGUGUGAAUCAGUUGUGCGCUGACUUCUAUUUUAUAUUUUGGGGAUGUGGGGGAAAGAAUGAAAGAGGUCUUCCACCAAAACGGACGAAAUCAUGAACGGCGCCGUAUACAUUUCGUUUUUUCAAGGUCAGCUGGAAUCUGCACUAGAGCAAGUAGUGCAACUCGCAGUCCAGGAAAUAACCAAGACUGUUGGGUCAAGCUUGAAUUCUGUGUUAAUGAAAACGGCCGUCAAAGAACAAGAAAACCAACGACUUAAGUUAAAGCUUAAAUCACUGGAGUUUGAAUGUAAUGGGGUAGAAAAUGGAGCCGCGUUCAACGGUGGCAUGGAGGACAACGCGGCCACCGAUCGAACAAAGCCGGAGACACACACCCCCAGCCACAGCACAGAGCGCGGCGUGCACGCAAACACAGAAAGACUGGAUCAAAAAGGACGAGUAGUGGGUCAGCUAAAGAUGGUCAUGGAGCAUGUGCUGGAGUUUGCUGUGUGCGAGCUGACCAAAAUCGUGGAGGCCAGUUUCGAUGACCUGCUCCUGGAGAUGACCAAGAAAGAGCGGGAGCACAGCGCUCUGGAGGAGCAGUUACGCCGUGUGGCUCACCAGGAGAACGGGAAGGGUGGAGUGUCGAGGAGGUGUGGGUCGGAAAACAACACAGCAUUUCCCAGCGGCUCAGAGGACACUAGGCAGGAAUCCAGAAACGUCACAGUCAAAAUUGUCCGGGGACAAAGGGAGCAAACGGAGACAACAAAUGACAGUGACAAGCAGGCUGUCCUGACCGUAGCCCAGGACUGGGUCCCCAUCCUGGACAAGGUGUUUGGGCAGAAGUGGUGCAGCGACCUGUGGCAAAUCAAAGAGCUGGCUUCAGGGAAGGGGGGUGAGGAGAGGACCGGGGGAUCUGGGCUGGGGAUUGUGGGCUCCUUCCCCAGUCUGAACGCUCUGAUCCGUGAGAACCUGGAGCCCACCCCCACCAGCCCCCUGCAAGAACCCCAGUGGAUGCCUCUGGAGGACAUGGAGGUCCUCUCCUCGACCUUGGACACUCCGCAAGACCCUACUGCUACCAUAAGCACCACAGCCACAGUUGAGGAGUCCCUCAGGUCUCCGUCGAUGCUUCACCGGCUCCUCACACUCCCCGCUCAGCUCCUAGAGGAAGACGAGAACACCAUGGAAACCAUCGCCCUGCUCCCCGACGCUUCACCUGGCAGAGCAGCUGUGCGACGGCAAAACACAGAAUCGCCUAACCAGAGCUGCCCAUCUCCUCCCAAGAAAAAGGUUGCUGUUUCACAGGAGGAUGAGGAGGAGGAGGAAGACGAAGAGAAGGAUGACAAAGGGACAACGACGCUGGACUCAAAGGUGAAGACCGUGCCUCUCAAAGGCAGGAAGGGUUACGAGUGUAAAGUAUGCGGCAAGAAGUUCAGCCGAGCGCCGCUCCUGAAAACUCACCAGCAGACUCAUAUCAGCACAGCACUGGCGACAGCAAUCUGCUGUUCCGAGUGCGGGAAACGCUUCCAUCAGGCAUCCCGGCUACAGGCGCACUUACGAACACACACUGGGAAAAAGUCUUGAGCAGGUGGAAAAGGGAAUUGGACGAUUGAAGCAAAAAAAAAAAAAAAGGAGAAUUGGAAUCAAAGUCGAUCUUCAGUCCAUAUCUCACAUAGCCAUAUCAGUAGCAGGAUGGUCACCGGUACUCGAGUUCAUACAUGAGUUGACUUUUAAGUACCUUAAGUCUGGAAUCGGAGGCAUUUUUUCCAGGUACAGUUUUGCUGACUGCUGUUUCUUAAUUGUUACCACCAUUUUGAUUUCUUACAUGUGGCGACAAGGUAAAUACUUUGUAAUAAUUUGGGAUUGGAUCUCGCUGGUAGUUGUGGUUAGUAUGUAUCGCCAUUGUACAUUCUCUAUAGCAUGGGACAGUGGCGCUCACAACAAACAAUGAAGUUACAUUUUUAAGUGAUCUUUUUACUUUUCUCUAUAUACUUUUCUACAUUUUUGGAAUAUCAAACUGGUCUCUUUGUGCUUUAUUAUUUCACAUCAAGGUUAUUUGCUAUACCGGAGGCCAUAAUCUUGGCUUUUGUGGACUGCAACUUCAAUAAACAUUACACUGAUUUGUGAGAAUUGUAUCUUUCAGUGGCAGAAGCGUUGUCUCAUCUUUUUCCCGGUGCUACAAGCAGUGACUCAAUUUCAAAGGGCGUAUGUGCCCAGGGUAAAGGGGGAGAGAGACGGACUGCUGGAGUCGAUAGCAGAGGUAAUACCUUUGUUUUGCUUAUCUCUGAAUGUGAAUCUCUGUGCAGGUGGAAAGAACCUGGUAUCUCUUUACCUUCUUCAUGCAAUUCACUAUUUACAGUCCUCACUUGACAGUAUUUGUAUUUUUUCACUCAACAUAAAUACCUCCUUUAAACAGUCAAAUAAUAUAAGUUUGAUAAAGGUAUUGUUACAUUGGUAGCCCUUAGUUUUUUUUUAAAGAACCACAGAUUCCGAACAAUUCAGAACAUCGUGCAAUUUACUCCUGAAUCACAAGCCUGCAGACCUCUAGUUGAUGACUUGCACAAGCUGUGUGACUGAAGUGGCACAGUGGUCCCUCUUGGGCUUUUCUACAUCCUAUCCAUGUCUGCCCUGGAAGGACCAUUCCUGACAAGUCUACGAAGAUAAAGUGAGGGAAAGAAUGGAAUCUCGCCCUCGUGCUGAUUGUGCAGGCUGGGUUUUCAAGUGUCAUGGGAAGUAGAGAAAUACCACAUUGAUAAAACACACUUUUUGGUUUGUUUUAUUUGUCAUGUUUGACCUCCGGAUGAGUCAAAUGCAUGUGGAGCAUCUGAUUGGACAUCAGGAAUAUUGUUUCUGCUCAUAUCGCCAUGCCUACUAGAAUACUUUGUUGGAACAUAAAAUAUUGAAGGGAGGGGCAUUCUAAUGGAUGGGUGGGGGGGUUGAGGGGCAGGGUUGUAUAGAUUUGAGACUUCCUGGUGUUUGCAGGAUUGCCCUUUGCUUUUCUACAGAUAUCUUGGGAGGCAAACACUGUUUAAGCCCCUCUGCCAGAUUCCUUAAGUAUCGUAGAGUCUUCCCAUUUUGAUUGUGCUUUGUCUCUUGUAGAUGCGUCUGCAGCUUGUAGUGCUGAACGAUAAGUGCUUUUUGAGGUCGGUUUAGUUUCGGUUCGGUAAAAAAAAAAAAAAAACUUUAAUAAAUGCAUUGUGGGUUGAAUGCUGUAACACAGAAAAACAAUUAAAGUCACAUGAUACUGCUUAUCACUUAUUAACCAUUUAUUUGCAUGACUUUAGUUUAAUAAAAUAUUUAAGUUGUGUAUA